AUGUCAUUAAGAAGUUUGAGAAAAGAUCAAUUUUAUUUAUUGAUUGAUCUUGUAGUGAAUAUUCCAUCUACAGUUGGAGAAAAAGAUGAAAUGAUGGGAGAAUGUUUUCUAUCUUGUUAUCAGAGGGAAGAUGAAGAUGAAGAUUAUGGGAGUCAAUGUCUAUAUUGUCUUGACCACAUUCUCCGAACUCCACCUCUUAUCAAUACUUCCGACAACAAUCUAGCAAUGAUUCCUUCCACAUCGCUUCCAUUUUUUGGACCCACAUGCUUUAAACUAAAUGAAGUUAAACUAAAAGAAGUGCAAGAAUUUUAUGAUGAGUACAAGAAGGAACAAGCAAUAUCCUGGUAUACACGUAAUUCUUUUCUAUUCCGUCUAUUGAAUGAAGCAUGUAGAACAGAAGACAUCGAUAAAAUAUAUACAUUUCGUUACUACAUAAGAGACCUUUAUGAACGGCUAUCAGUUUUACAUAAGAAUUAUGUUCAAUAUUUAAAAUCGAAAGAAACUAAAUCGAUUAUUCUUUAUCGUGGUCAACAAAUAUCAGAGGAAGAACUUCAAGAACUUCAAAAUAAUACUGGAAAAUCGUUUUCAACAAAUACAUUCUUAUCAACAACAACAUACAUUAAUGUUGCAUAUGUUUUUGCUGGCAUUGAUAUCGAUCCCAUACCUGAUAGUCCUGAAGAAAAAAUUUUAAAAAGGUUACAAUCUAGUGAAAAACAGCAUUUAAAAAAUAAGCAUAAUCAACCGCCAUCUGAAGAAAAACUUCGUACGAUGAGACCAGAACUAUCCUUAAACAGGGCAGUAUUACCAUGUGAUUAUAGCAAAUCUGCACAAUUAAGUACACAUUGCAAGUGUAGAUCAGUCGUAUUCUCAUAUACCAUCAAUAUUAAUGCUUUCACAAAGCCUUAUGCAGACAUUAGUGAAGAGAGUUAUUAUAAAGAUGAAUGUGAAAUAUUAUUGUCAAUGGGAACAAUUUUUCGAUGCGAAUCAGUUGAAUAUUCAAGAAACAAAAAUUUCUGGCAUGUAAAAAUGAUUAUGAUAGCCGAUAAUAAUGGGAAUGAUGCAGAUAGUGAUACGCACUCGCAAAUUCUAAACGACAUACAACAAAAACCGAUCCUUUUGACGUUAGGAAAAUUUGUUUCAGAAACAUCUGAUAAUUUCGAUAAAGCUGAACGUUAUUAUAGAAUGUUUCUUGAGAGCGAAAUAAAGAAUCCUUGGGAUCAAUGUGAUGCAUACGAAGCUCUUGGUUCAAUAUGCAAAAAAAAAAGUCAAUAUGAAAUAGCAAUUGAAUAUUUUGAAAAAAUAAUUGAGACAUGUAAAAAAUAUUCUAUUGAAAAUGAACAUAAGUCUACACAAUAUAUGGCUUUGUCAUAUGUAACUAUGGCCGAAAUUUAUACUAUUACAGAUUUUCAGAAAGCUAUUAAACAUUUAAAUACAGUAAUUGAAUUACGUCUUUAUAAUUCUAUUAAAAUGGCAAAAAUAUAUAAUAUGUUAGGUGAUAUUUAUAGAACUAGAACAACAUUAUUUAGAAAAGCAUUGUAUUAUUAUCAAUCAGCACAUAGAAACGAUCCAACAAAUUUACAGUAUGUCCAAAAUAUUGAAUUACUUCGACAAGAAAUGAACAGACCAAAUGAAUCUUUGAAUGAAUUCUUAUAUGUUUUAAUAGUCGUUACAAUUGUUUUUUUGACUGGAUUUAUAGUGCAUAAAAGUUUGUCAAAUCAGUUUCAUGAAAUAAAGUCAACCAUGAUUAUGAUUUUCACAUCACAAUCUAUUACAUUCCUUUUAAAAUAUCUUAUGAUUAUAUUUAAUCAAAGAACUAUUUUCCAUUUUAAAUUAACUCAAUAUGUACUAAUAAUAUGGACAUGGUUAAUGAAUUAUUAUUUAAUUUUUUCAAAUUUGCAUUAUCUUCUACAAAUAAAUCUAUAUAUUAGUUUACUCCAUGCAUUGAACAUAUGUCAAUAUUUUGGUAAUAGACGAUUUUCAUUUUUAAUUUAUCUUUUGUUAUUUAAUCCAAAAUUUAUGUCAUAUUAUGUAAUGAUUAUCAUUUGUUUACAUCGCUCAUUUUGGAUUUUUUGUCAACAAGAUAAAUUAAAUUUAAGAGAUUCAGCAGAAGUAUUUCAUGACGGUCGCUUUUCAUUUUCUCUCUGGAUCCAAUGUUGCAAAGAACUCUGUCUUUAAUGAUUCGAUUACUAACAAGAUCCAGACAUUGCCAUGGAUUCACAAUUCUUUGAUCGCUUCGUUACUAUAAUUAUUCACAGUAGCUAAAACACUAUUAUACUUGCGAACUACUCAUCAAACAGUGAAGAACUUUCGAUAACACGUUCAAACAAAAGAACUGUUGAAUUUCACCAAUGAAAAAUUUUACCACAAAAACCUUGUUUCAAAUCUUCUUUCGAACCCUCAAAGGCACCCUUGUUUAUGGAAAAAUAUAAUUUCAUCGAAAUUUCUAUCUGUUAUAUUACCCAAGCAGACAGACAUAUCGAUUUUUCACGUUUUUUGAACAAAAGUAGCAACUUUUAGUCAAAUUUUAUGCGUUUUUUUCGCUUAUGUCAAAAAACGCACAAAAAAUCGUAAUUUCGUCGAUUUUUUCGACAUUUCCUUUUUUUUCCACUUUUUUCUACUCCUUUUUCAGCCAAAUUUCGUCAAA